CCAUGGCGGAUUACGAGGCCGUGCAGCGCGGACCGCUGCGGCUGAAGGGCAGCGGCGGGGCCAUGGGGGCCGGCAAGCGGAAGAAGAAAAAGGCGAAGGACAAGGCUCAGAUCCUGGAGCAGAUCGUGAGCAGCAAGAAGCAGGAGGAGGAGAAGAAGCGCGGCCUGGACAAGCGGACCCCGGCGCAAGUGGCCUACGAGAAGAUGCAGGAGAAGCGGCAAAUGGAAAGGAUCCUGAAGAAAGCCUCUAAAACCCACAAGCAGAGAGUGGAGGACUUCAACAGGCACUUGGAUACUCUGACUGAGCAUUAUGACAUUCCUAAAGUCAGCUGGACCAAGUGAAGGGACUUGCUUGCCAGGGCUUUGGAACAGGAGUGGUGUUUUGUUUGUCCUGAACAGGGGGGUUGCCAUCUCCCUCUGUGUAUUCUCCCCGCUGAAUGUUUAAUACAUCUUCCCAGCGUUUACAGCUUCCUGCUGGUUUAUUUCACUGCUUUGUUUUUAUUUUGCUGCUUUGUUUUUUCAAAACCAAACACCCAACAAAGCCUCUGGGUGGCUGAUGAGCUCUGAUUUAUGUAGGUGGAGGGGGUUUUAGCGCUUGAAGUGAGAUUAAAGCCAAAAAUCCAGCUGGAAAACAUUCCUUUAUUUGUUCGAUGCUAACUCUUGAGAGCCUCACACAGCAUAAGCUUCAGGAACUGGAGAAUUUCUUCCUGUCUGGAGUUCUUUCAGAGGUGGAGGGUUUGGUGUUAACUUGUAAUUGAUGUAACUUAUUAAAGUGCUGCUUUCCUCCU